ACGUAUUUAUCGAUCUCAUUGGCCUUUGCUAAGCUUAUCAUAGUUUACUUGUGACUGCGUAUCAGUGAUAACGUGUUCCUAACAAAAAUGUCUCAGCCAAUGGGGUAUGUUCCUCCACAGAGCUUCGGAGAAGAUGGCCACAUGCAGGGCUUCGACUUCACUGAAAAGAGUAUACGAAGAGGUUUUAUACGAAAGGUAUACUCCAUUCUUAUGUGCCAGCUGUUGAUCACGAUGGGCUUCAUAGCUUUAUUCCUCUUCCACGAACCUACGAAACGAUGGGUAGCGCAAAACAAUUAUUUAUUAUGGGUGGCUAUAGCGGUACUAUUCGCGUGUAUAAUUGCUAUGGCUUGCUGUCCGGACAUACGACGCACCGCGCCAACCAACUUUAUAUUUCUGUUCGUCUUUACACUGGCGCAGAGCUUCAUGCUUGGCGUGGUUACCAGCAUCUACAGCGUCUCUGAAGUGAUGAUGGCUGUCGGUAUAACCGCUGGAGUAUGCUUGGCUCUGACUCUGUUCGCCUUCCAGACGAAGUGGGACUUCACCAUGAUGGGAGGGGCGCUAGUAGCCGCUUCAAUGAUUCUGCUUCUCUUUGGACUGAUCGCGAUCUUCCUACCAAGAAACAACAUACUGACGUUGGUUUACGCAUCGGCGGGGGCACUGCUGUUCUCCCUCUAUCUUGUCUAUGACACACAACUUAUGAUGGGAGGCAAACAUAAAUACAGCUUGUCCCCUGAAGAAUAUAUCUUCGCAGCUCUUAACCUUUACUUAGACAUCGUCAACAUAUUCUUGUUUAUUCUGACAAUUAUAGGCGCUUCUAAAUAAAUCUAUAGUUUGUUCUAACUAAAAACUAAAUGUUUGUCAUCUAAAGGUACGCUUCAAUUGGCCCGCGCUGGAUACACCACACUCUCGGCCCUUAAUUGCUUGUUGAUAAAUUCCGUCUUUAGAUGCGACCAGCGCCGAUAUUGGACUCAGAAUUAUGUAAAAUCAUACAAAGCACACUAAAAUCCGCUGCGGGCCGUGCGCGAUGCGUCCGUCGCGGACUAAUGGACGCGUACCCUAAUAGUUAGGUCUAACUUAUAUGAACAGUGAUGCAUAUUAAACUUUUGUGUAGUAAAACAAGGAUAUCUGGCCUGAUAAUGGAGGCGCUGCUGUCGCGGUACGUUGUGUCAGAAAAUAUGUAAAACCUACAUGGUCACAGAAAAUGGCAUAACAGAAAAAAACAAUACGUGACAAAUACAGUAGGAAAAGGUUCUUGUGACACUUUUUUUUAAUAAUUUAGUUAUACGCAUAGGUCGUCAGGUCAGAUAUCUAGAUCAUGUUCUACGAGUACAAUAUUAAAGGUCCUAUAAAAAUAAAAUACGUUUGUUCUUUAACAAACUAUUAAUUUUAGGUUGGAAUGAACUACGAAAUGUCAGUCACUUCAAUAGUCAAUAGCAAUGCAUCUCUUUCUCUCAUUCCCUUUAUUUUAAUAGAGAGAGAGAUGUAUUUAUAAUAAGUGCUUUUUUAUUUAUAAAAUACA